AUGGAUCACGCUGGUGAUCAACAAGCCGCCGGCAGGUCACCCUCUUCGGGGCCCGCCAGUAGGCAACAGGAGGAUCACGACAUGCCAGAUGCACAACCAACAGCGCCAUCUCCACAUGAGAGGAGUGUCCCUCCAUCUUCCAACACAGUCCUCCCCUCAACAGAAAAGCCACCACCUGCGGCGCCGAAGAAGCGCGGUCAGGCUGCAGUCAAGAAGCCCACUAAGCGCAGCAAAGGCAACCCCGGCUCCCGCGUCGGCAAGAAACAAACGGCACCAAAAGCGUCCAGUGGCGAUCAAGACGACGAUGGCGACUCGGCCGCGCAGCUUGAGGAGCGCGGCGCUGCCAGCCCGUCCCCUGACGACGACGACUCCAUCGACCCGGGUCCCUACUGUCUGUGCCGCGGCCCAGACGACCACAGGUUCAUGAUCUUCUGUGACAUUUGCCAGGACUGGUUUCAUGGAGAGUGCGUCGAUAUGGACAGGGACGUCGGUAACAACCUCGUCGAGCGCUUCGUCUGUCCCAACUGCACAGACCUGGCCAACAACGUGCGCACCCUCUACAAGAAGACGUGCUCCCUCAAGAACUGCACCCAGGAGGCGCGUCUUUAUGGUGACCGCGAGACCAAGGAGGAAGUCAAGCUCGAGGACAAGAGCGUCUUCUGCUCCGACGCGCCCCCCCAGCUGUGGUGGGAGAACUUCAUGGACAAUGGCGGGCCCGGCGCCCGCGCGGCCCUCGUCGCGGCUAAGAAAGAUGGACGACUCGGUCUGCGGCUUACGACUCCCGGCCUCGACACCAUCGGCGUGCCGCCAGCCCUUUUGCCGCCCUUCAUGGCGACGCAAGAAGCCCCAGGAGAUCUUCAAAGCAGGGCAGCCUCGAGCACGGCAGCGUCAUGGCCGGCGCCGACCGUAACUUUUGCGACAAGAAGCGUUGCAAGCCCCACCACGGCUGCCAACAAGAAGCUCAACCUCGAGGCGGAGAUCCGGGACGCUGCUGUGCAGAGGAGACUGAGGAAGGAGCGCGAGGGAAAUGGCGUCGAGUAUCACGGGCAGUACGCGGUGCAGCUUGGAGAUCAGGACAAAUCUGUGACUGCCGAUGGACCUCUUGAGACGAUCAGCACUUAA